UUGUGCAUAAUAAUAACAUUUGUUGUCGCUUUCACUUGCUCUUGACUCCAACAAGAAUCACUGGGAUUGCUUCUUCUGGGACACCAUUUCCUGUCCCUAUUUUAUCAUUAAAUUUCUCCGACCACGUACCACCGCUUAUACCUUACUUGGUACCUAAUCCAACCAGAACGAUGAUCAUACUUCAGAAUCUUUGAUAUUUAUCCAAUUGUCCUUUUGCCAGAAUUCAUGCUUUUUUUUUUUUUUUUUGGAGAAAUGGCGGUGGAGCAAACCAAGCCGGAGAAUCCUGCGACGAUGAGCAACGAAACGGAGCAAAACAAAAGUUUCAUCAAGGCCUUACAGGAACUCAAGAACUUGAGGCCGCAGCUUUACUCUGCCGCAGAAUAUUGCGAGAAAUCAUAUCAAUGCUGCAAGCAGCAACAGAUGGUCAUAGACAACCUAAAAGAUUACGCUGUGCGAGCUCUCGUGAAUGCAGUGGAUCACCUAGGCACUGUUGCUUACAAAUUGACAGACAUCCUCGAACAGCAAAGCUUAGAUGUUUCAAUGAUGGAGUUGAAGGUUUCAUGUUUGGAUCAGAGACUUCUUACAUGCCAAACAUAUACUGACCACGAAGGUCUCAGACAGCAGCAGCUGCUACCAACCAUUCCCAGGCUUCACAAACAUUAUACUUUACCUGCUCCGGGGAUAUGUCCUGUCAACAAGAAUGUCCAAACUAGCUCGCUUAUUCACAGGAGUCUUCGGGCACAUAUUCAAACAAGACAACACCUUUUUCUUUCAGGUGUACCUGCUGCGAAAACGCUUUCAUGGCAUCUAGCAUCGGGAGCCAAAUCGAAAGUGAAGAAGGGUUCGGUGAGUGAUGAGACUGGAAAGAGUUCUGGAAGAACAUUAUCCGGUGAUGCUGACAAGAUCAUCAAGGCAAAAUCCCCAGCCCGUCCUCUGGCACUGCGUGCAGGUCCUGCAUCAAGUGUAGCCAUGCGAACCCUGGGAAUUACACGUCGGGAUGCCUUGGGGGGCUAUAACCCUAUGACUCCAUGUCGAAAGACAACACGAGCUCCCAUUCGCAGCAAGAGUGCUAUUUCAGCAUUCUUUGUCAAGCAGAAGACAAGAAAACUGAAAACCAGAGUGAAGGAAGAUAAUCCUCGAAAUCCCAGAAUGCACCAAGAAAAGUAAGAAGAUGCA